AUGAUGAUGACAAUGAAUCAAUCAUCUGCUUUUGAUAACAGUUUAAUAAAUUUCAAUAAUCCAAAUAAUGCAUUUAAUCAAUCAACAUUAUCAUUAACUGAUCCUGAUGUUGAUUGGAGUGUAUUUGAAAAUGCUGAUCGAUAUUUAUUACGUGAUGAUAGUGCAUGGAUAACUCGUUUAAGUAGAGAUUUUUGGUGGAAUCUCGAACGUAUAUCAGAAAUGACAACAACAACAACAACAGAUGUUAAUCAUAUUCAAAAAAUAAAUUCAACAAAACAUAUUCCUCAACAAAUUUCAUCAUCAUCAUCAUCAUCUAUGCAAUUAAAUGGUAUGCCAACGCGUAAAAUUGUUGGUCAACGUUCAACAAUAAUAGCACGACCAAAUAGAAAUAACAUUCCAAUAAAAACAAAUUCUUCAUCAACAUAUGAUCAAGAUUUUGAUUAUAAUCCAUUUCAAUCAAAAAUAUCAUUUGAUAAUAAUAUAUGGACAAAUUAUUUACAACAUGCAAUCCCAUGGCAAUAA